AUGCAGAUAAUCAACUCAUUCGAAGCGGGCAAAAGGAUCAAUGGCAAAAUCCACAUUUACGUCAAAGUCAUUGUCCAGCAAGACGGGAGUUACUACAUGGGCAAAUGGGACCAUCGAAAGCAUCUACCAGCUGAGUUUUCUCAGCUACAAGACGUCAAACUAAUACCGACAAAAGACAGAGGCCCGGUCCCAAAGCCUACCUGGACGAUUGCCCACCCUCAAAGCGACACUUUCUCGAAAACGCCCGCAUUGGAAGAUUACUUGGAUCCAGAGCUCAAAGCAAGGACGGAGCACGAGAUUGAAGUGUGCGAGCGUCUAAGGCAGCAUCCGCACCCCAACUUGGCUCUUUACCACGGCUGCCUUAUCACGCAGGGAAGAGUUUCAGGGCUCAUCUUUAACAAGUACGAAUGCAAUUUACUUGAAAAGGUUAAUCCCUAA